AUGAUGAGCGCUCCAGAAGUGAUGCCACAGACGAUGCAAAGUUUCCAGUACCUCAACUACGCUGCCCAAUAUCAGCAACAGCGACUGAACUUUGCUAACGGCUACCAUCAAUCCGGACCGGGUCUUCACGAUACUCCAUCAGUUUCCACAAUGAAUCCAGUAUCCGUCAGCGCUCCUUCAGUCCUCGACCCAGCCACUCAACUCGGUCAUUUGAACGCUGCUAUCACGAAACUAGAACCACAGUUGCCAGUAGCUCCUACAGGCCACAGUACCCCUGCCUCGACCUCGCCAAAUCAACCAACGCAAGAGCAGAGUCUGCCAAUGACUCCACCCCGGCCGAAUGCGAUGGAACCGCUGGUAGAGAGUUUUUACGAAAAAGAUAUCGAAGAAGAGCUCGAUGAACAUUUCAAGAAGUCACAGUCAGAAACGAAAACAAGAAGAGGACUCAUCUUCCCCGCAUCGUACUACCAGCAACAGACCUCCCCCGGCCGCCCAAGCUCCGGCAUCGGCAGUCUCACAUCUUCAUCACUGUCGACCACGCCACCGUACGGUCAUUACAGUGGAUUCCCUGGCUAUGGCACGGGUCCAACGUCUUUCUCUCCGCGCACCAGCGCCACACCGACCAAGCUACAAUUCUUCCCUCAAUCUGACGGCAGGAGUCGGAUUCCGGAGCUACUGAAAAUGAAGCCAAUUUCAAUAUCGAAAGAAACGAUCUGA